AGUGGGAGGGGGGUGAGUGAGUGUGCCGCGCGCUAGGGAUCAUCGCCCAAUUCCCCGCUCCGCUCCUUCGCAGGGGCCGCCGGCCGCGGCUCGCCAGAGGCCAGGUUUGAAUGCGACAGGGAGGCCGAGGUCUCUGACGUUUGCCCUGCACGAGGCGCUCUGCAAGGGCCGGCUGCGGCUGCUGAAUGCAGCUCAGUGGGGGCUUGCGGCCGCGGGCCCGGGUGCGAAUUGAGGCCAAGCCCUAACCGAGAUAUUAAAAAAAAAAAAAAAAAAUCAGGUCCAUUUAAAGUUGCUGCCGGAGCGCGGCUCUUAUUGGUUAGGGGAGAGUUGGAGGAGCAGGGACACACACAGUGCGUGCAGCCUUCACUGCUGCUGCGCUGCUGCUAGAGAAGCUGCUGCUGCUGGAGUUGUCUCUGCUGCUUUCCCUUGCUGCAGCAGCACAAACGUGACUUCCAACAUUUUUAUUUAUCUUCUCCUUUCAAUCCUUUUCCUUUUGCAAGAUGUAACUACAGCUCAGACACUAAGGACGUACAGAUCGCUUAGGUGGCUUGGGAAAGAGAAAAGGGGAUAUCAAGGGCGUCGUUUUUUGUAUUGGGGAGAAAAUUUCCAUUAUGAAUGUUUCUCUAAAGUGAUUUUUUUUGUUUGCUUCGCAUUCGUUUUUUUUUCCAUUCCCCAUAUCUCGGAUUUAUUGCGAAGAAAAUCACGUUGUGAAGAAAGAAAGUCGGAUUACAGGAUACUAAUACAAACAAAAACUGGAUUUUUGGGGGGUAUUUUAGCAAAAAAAUUGUUGCGACUUUACUUCAUGAAGCAAUUGUCCCCUUUUGCAAACAGAAUUUGGAUACCAGAAUGAGUAAAGAAAGACCCAAGAGGAAUAUAAUUCAAAAGAAAUACGAUGACAGUGAUGGGAUUCCGUGGUCAGAGGAGAGGGUGGUACGAAAGGUGCUUUACUUAUCUCUAAAGGAGUUCAAAAAUGCACAGAAGAGGCAACAUGGUGAUGGCAUUAAUGGGAGUCUGAAGACUGUGAAUGGACUUCUCACUAAUGGCUCAUCAAAGGGAUUAGGACCAGGAUCAGAACAGUCAGAGAACGAGAAGGAUGAUGCAUCGCAAGUGUCCUCAACUAGCAAUGAUGUUAGUUCUUCAGAUUUUGAAGAAGGGCCAUCAAGGAAAAGGCCAAGGCUGCAAGCACAAAGGAAGUUUGCUCAAUCCCAGCCAAACAGUCCCAGCACAACUCCAGUAAAGAUAGUGGAACCGUUGUUACCCCCUCCAGCUACUCAGAUUUCUGACCUCUCCAAAAGGAAGCCCAAGACAGAAGAUUUCCUUACAUUUCUCUGCCUUCGAGGUUCUCCAGCGCUGCCCAGCAACAUGGUAUAUUUUGGAAGCUCUCAGGACGAGGAGGAGGAUGAAGAAGAGGACGAGGAGACAGAGGAUACAAAGGCAGCCACAAACAAUGCUUCAUCUUCAUGCCAGUCAACCCCCAGGAAAGGAAAAACACACAAGCAUGUUCCAAAUGGGCAUGUCUUCAAUGGGUCCAGCAAGUCAACGAAGGAGAAAGAAACUACCCAUAAACACAAAAGCAAAGAGACCACAUCGGGGAAGGAAAGGAACAGUGAACACAGGGCUGAGAGCCGAAAAGACCAGGCUGCUGCUAAUCACCAUCCUACUACAAAUAUUGGCUCCUCAACGAAAGGGCUUACAGCUAACAACCACCACCCUCUUCAUAGAUCGGCUCAGGACUUAAGGAAACAGGUUUCUAAGGUCAACGGAAUCACUCGAAUGUCAUCUCCAGGUGCAAAUGCAGCCAGUGCCAAAAAGAUGAGAGAAGUCAGACCUUCACCAUCCAAAACUGUGAAGUACACUGCAACAGUGACAAAGGGAACCGUCACAUACACCAAAGCCAAGAAAGAACUGGUCAAGGAAACCAAACUAAAUCACCACAAACCCAGUUCACCUGUUCACCAUACAAUCUCAGGGAAAACAGAAAGUAGCAAUGCAAAAACCCGCAAACAGGUGCUAUCCCUUGGAGCGUCCAAGUCUAACAAUAUCGCUGUUAAUGGUGUCAAGGUCAAUGGCAAGUUGAACCAAAAGGCAUGUACUAAAGAGGUGGGGAGACAGUUGAGGGAGGGGCUGCGCAAUUCUAAGAGGAGGCUGGAAGAGACGAAUCAUAUAGACAAAAUACAGUCACCCACCAAGAAAAUGAAAGGGGCAGUCAGCUUGACAGAAGCUGCAAGCAAAAAGGCAGCUGUGGAAAAGCCUUUGCUGAAUGGACAUGUGAAAAAGGAAGUGCCAGAGAAGAUUCUGGAAAGAAAUAGGCCGAAAAGAGCCACUGCUGGAAAGAAUACGCCAGGGAAACAAGCACACAGUAAAACUGAAAAUGCCUCCUGUGAAAAUCAUUCUACCUCUCAAACUGAGUCCUUGCACAAGCCACACGACUCAACAGGAAAGCACGAAAAGGGUAGUAGCAAGUCUGGGUGGGCAAUGAUGGAUGAGAUUCCCAUCCUUCGGCCCUCCGCGAAGGAGUUCCAUGACCCGUUGAUAUACAUUGAGUCAGUCCGAGCUCAGGUAGAGAAGUAUGGGAUGUGUAGGGUGAUUCCUCCUGCAGACUGGAGACCUGAGUGCAAGCUGAAUGAUGAAAUGCGGUUUGUGACACAGAUUCAGCACAUACACAAGCUCAGCAGGCGCUGGGGACCCAACGUGCAGCGGCUGGCCUGCAUCAAGAAGCACCUCAAAUCUCAGGGCAUUACCAUGGAUGAGCUCCCACUCAUUGGAGGCUGUGAGCUAGAUUUGGCCUGCUUUUUCCAGCUGAUAAAUGAAAUGGGCGGCAUGCAGCAAGUGACUGACCUAAAGAAAUGGAACAAGCUGGCAGAUAUGCUACGCAUCCCCAGAACUGCACAGGACAGGCUAGCAAAGCUGCAGGAAGCCUACUGCCAGUACUUGCUCUCCUAUGACUCCCUCUCCUCUGAGGAGCACAAGAAACUAGAGAAGGAAGUCCUGCUGGAAAAGGAGAUCUUAGAGAAGAGGAAAGGUCCUUUGGAGGGACAUUCCGAAAACGCCUAUAAGUUCCAUUCCUUGCCCCGGUUCGAGCCCAAAAAUGGACUCAUCAAUGGUGUGGUUCACAAAAACGGCUUCCGUAACAAGUUGAAAGAAGUUGAUAUCCCAUUGAAAACGGGCAGGCGGCGACUCUUUGCUCAGGAAAAGGAGAUCGAGAAGGAGGAGGAGGAGAAGGGAGUUCUUAGCGACUUACACAAGUGUAUAUACAAGGGUAGGUCUGUUUCUUUAACAACCUUUUACCGGACGGCAAGAAACAUCAUGAACAUGUGCUUCAGCAAGGAGCCUUCGGUAGCUGAAAUAGAGCAAGAGUACUGGAGGUUAGUGGAACAGAAGGAUUGCCAUGUAGCGGUGCACUGUGGGAAAGUAGAUACCAACACACAUGGGAGCGGCUUUCCUGUGGGAAAAUCUGAACCAUUCUCAAGGCAUGGGUGGAACCUUACAGUCCUUCCUAAUAAUACAGGAUCCAUCCUGCGACAUCUUGGUGCUGUGCCUGGAGUGACAAUUCCUUGGCUAAAUAUUGGGAUGGUCUUUUCUACCUCAUGCUGGUCUCGAGACCAAAAUCACCUUCCAUACAUUGACUACUUACACACUGGUGCUGAUUGCAUUUGGUAUUGCAUUCCUGCUGCGGAAGAGAACAAACUUGAUGAUGUGGUACAUACCCUGCUGCAAGCCAAUGGCACUCCAGGGCUGGAAAUGCUUGAAAGCAAUGUUAUGAUCUCCCCAGAGGUCUUGUGCAAAGAGGGGAUCAAGGUGCACCGUACUGUACAGCAGAGUGGGCAGUUUGUUGUCUGUUUUCCAGGAUCCUUUGUGUCUAAAGUGUGUUGUGGCUACAGUGUUUCUGAAACAGUGCACUUUGCUACCACCCAGUGGACAAGUAUGGGUUUUAAAACUGCCAAGGAAAUGAAGCAGCGACGUAUAGCCAAACCAUUUUCAAUGGAAAAGUUGCUUUAUCAGAUUGCAACAGCAGAAGCAAAAAAGGAAAACGGACCGACUCUCACUACAAUAUCGGCACUGCUUGGAGAGCUCAGGGACACAGAACUGAGGCAGCGGCGGCAGCUUUAUGAAGCAGGCCUCCAUUCUUCAGCCCGCUAUGGGAGCCACGACAGCAGUAGCUCGGGGGUGGAUGGAAAGAAAAAGCCUCGAAAGUGGUUGCAGUUAGAGACGUCGGAGAGGAGGUGUCAGAUUUGCCAGCACCUAUGUUACCUUUCUAUGGUCGUACAGGAGAAUGAAAACGUUGUCUUCUGCCUGGAAUGUGCGCUCCGGCAUGUGGAAAAACAGAAGACUUGUCGGGGAUUGAAAAUGAUGUAUCGUUAUGACGAGGAACAAAUAAUCAGUCUAGUCAAUCUCUGUGGGAAAGUCUCUGGUAAAAAUGGCAACAUCGAGAACUGUAUCAGCAAGCCUACACCAAAAAGAGGACCUCGUAAGAGAGCAACAGUCGAUGUGCCAUCAUCUAGGCUUUCAUCCUCCAGUUCAUCCAAAAGUGCUUCAAGUUAAUCCUGAAGAUGCCAACACUCAUUUUGUCAAUUUAUAUAUAUUUUUUUGUAAUUAUUAUACUAUAGUUUGGAGUACUUGCUGUAGAAUACAAGCUGUCUUUGCACUAGCUCUAAAGAAGAUUUUCUUCUGGUUUUAGAGAACUAAUUUUGUUUUAGCAUUAAACUGUUGAAUUUUUUUUGUACUUAGGAUAGUUACAUACAGCAGUCAAAUUUUUUUAAACUGCCGUAUGUUCACUGUUUUAAAACCGGCAAGGGGGCUGAUAAAACAUUAAUUUGUACUGGCCCUAUGGCUGAAAAAAGCCUUUUUUGGUAACUGUGAAAAAAGGCUUUUAACCCAUUUUUGAAUAGGUUAAAGUUUGAUGUGUUUUAUAAUUUGUUCUCCAGUCAUGUGAGCAGAUUUUCUAGAGAGAAAAGAGAUAGGAACAAAACUUGAAAGAAAUUGCUUUACUUUGGCUGUCUUUUAUUCUGUCACAGGCAAGAUGAGUUUUGUAAUUUUUUAAAUUGGAAAAUACACACUUUCUUUGGGAGGUUAUGGCAGCUGAAGAUGGACUUUGUUUCCGAACCAUAAGCAAAAUGAGGAGAUUUGGAGUAAAUAUGUUCUCUUUUACCAGCACAUCACUAUGCAUCUGUUUGAGGGAGGGUGGGGGAGGGUAGAGGGGGGGGAGAGAAGGUAAAAAAGACUGCCUGCCUUGAGGGAGUCAAAUGAGGGAAAACUGUGCCUGAUUUCAUUAGGAAAUCCAUUCUGUUAUUUUUUGGUGCUGUUGGCUACUUUAUCAAAAACCCUUCAAUAGCAUCCUUUAAAAAAUAAAAAAGUGAUUGAAGCCAUAAGUGCUUCUUUGUCAUAGACGUGCAAUCUUUCUAACAUUCCAUUUCCAUUCCACUGCUGUUUUUCACAUCUCUACACAGUCAGCAUUAAUUUUUGUUUUGAAUUUUUCAUUAUAUGAUCACAUUUAGAGCCACUAGCAGGUCUGCAUCUUUCUUUUGAAUGUGAAAAUGCAUUUGCUCUCAUCGUGUCUAUUUUUUCUCUUCAUAUUGUAACAAAAAAAAAUCACACCUUUUGUACAUAUGCCUGUAAAUUGUUUUAAAUACUUGAGCCUUUUCUUGGGGUGGGGGGUGGGGUGGUAUAGAGACAAGAUGAAGAAAAGCCUUACGUUUCACUUUCUUCAUCGGUUGGAUUGGAUGCUUACAGGGUUUUUCUUGUAACAUUUAUAAGUGCUGCUUACAUCACUGAACAACAACAAAAAAUAAUAAUGGAGUAGCUGUUGCCCUUUUCUGGUUGUGUGUACAGUAUGUGUGGAAUAAAAAAGGGAAAAUGUUUUCACAAACUGUUUUGUUUCAUAAUUGAAUUCAACAAUACCGUAGCUACCCAUAUUGCACUGAGCUUGCCAGUGGUGACUGUCAGGAAAGUCCUAAUACAAUUUGUUGGUUGUUGUUGCAGAAGACUGAACUGUUUUGGAAUAUUUAACAAUAACAUAAACAGAGUCAAGUGUUUUUUAAAUGUGGUUGUCUGGUUUUUAUGGCCUUGCUGUGUACUUUUCCCUCUUGACAGUAAACUUCUGACAAUGGCUUACAGUUUGACAUUUAAUUUAUUAGCGCUGCUCUGCUCUCUUUCCUUGUAAGGAAAGACUUCAUGUUGUUUAUUGCCAGUUUUUGUUUACUUUUCAGGUUUGUACUACAAGGUUUAAUAAAAACAAAACUUUUUUUGGA